UUGUAGUGAGAACAGAAACCUGACAUCUGUACAACGUUAGCCUUUCGUCUCUCCCACUACCUUCUUCUGAAAGACGAGUGAGAGAAGUGAGUAAGAUUGAGAGAGAGAAAUAUGGAGUCAGACUAUGGAGCUUUCAUGGAGAAAUUCACACUAUCUCCAUCAUCUUCUUCUGGGGAACUUUCCUUAACUGGUCUCAAUUUUGCUGUCAAAGAAAUAUUUGAUGUGGAAGGGUUUGUAACUGGGUUUGGAAAUCCUGAUUGGGCAAGAACACAUACAACAGCCAAUUCCACAGCCCCUGCUGUUUUGGCCCUCUUAAGGGCAGGUGCUACUUGUGUUGGCAGAACGGUCAUGGAUGAAAUGGCUUACAGCAUAAAUGGCGAAAACAUACAUUAUGGUACACCUAGAAACCCUUGCUCAGCAGAUCGAGUUCCCGGAGGAUCUUCUAGUGGAUCUGCUGUUGCAGUUGGUGCAAACAUUGUAGAUUUUUCUUUGGGUACUGACACUGGAGGAAGCGUAAGAGUCCCAGCAGCGUUCUGUAAAAUUUAUGGAAUUCGUCCUUCUCAUGGGGUUGUGUCUGUCGAUGGUGUUGUUCCGAUGGCUCAAAGCUUUGAUACAGUCGGAUGGUUUGCUAGGGAUCCGGCAAUCUUGAAGAGAGUAGGGGAUGUGCUACUUCCAACCGUUGAUGCACCUCUAGCGAAUCCUAGUUCAAUAAUCUUUGCCGAAGACUGUUUCAAGCUUCUAAACAUUCCAAUCGAUAGAGUAAAACAAGUUCUAGUCAACACUUUGGAGAAAUUGUUUGGAGGUCAGGUUUUAAAGUAUAUGGAUAUUGGGAACUAUGUAGAGGAAAAUGUUUCAAGUCUAAAGCAUUUCAUGAGCCAGGGUGGUGAUGCAAAAGAAUACAGCAUACCAUCGCUGGUAGCCCUUUCAAGUGCUAUGCGGCUGCUACAAAGAUAUGAGUUUAAGAUUAACCAUGGUGAGUGGGUCUCUUCCACAAAACCUAUUCUGGGACCAGGAAUAAACGAACGAGUUUGGGAGGCUGUGCGGGCUACUGAUGAUAAGAUCGACAUUUGCCACUCUGUCAGGACUGAAUUGCGGGCUGCUCUUGCUUCUCUCCUAGGGGAUGUUGGUAUCCUUGCUAUCCCGACUGUUCCUGGUCCACCACCUAAACUGCAAACCGAGCCAUCUACUUUGGAAACCUUUCGAGCUAGAGCUUUCAGCUUACUCUCCAUUGCCGGAGUAUCUGGAUUUUGUCAGGUAAGCAUACCGCUAGGAUUAUACGAUGAUCUUCCUGUGUCUGUGUCGCUGUUGGCUAAACAUGGUUCUGAUAUGUUUCUAAUGAGUCUUGUAGAGAAUCUUUGUCCAACUCUCAAGGAACAUAUUGAUGCUGCUACAAGAUCUAGCCUGUAAAUCCUAAUUUGAUAUUUGAUGUACAGUAUCCUUUUUGUUAAUUAUGACUUGAAAUCUUGUGAAUGACAUAAGGCUGACUUUGAAUGCACAUAUAUCCCAAUCUAUAAAUGAUUUUGAUGUGAUUCAAAUUGGAAGUGAUAGCUUGUUCAAAGAGCUUUCCAACGAUAGGUCAUAUGUCAAAUUCCGAUAAGAAACGAGAAAGUUAUGCCUGUUUUACGAAUGACUGACGAAACUGUUUCGUACCGGGCUCGAAAACCCGCGGGCGCGGGCUAUAUCCCGCGGGCGGGCAGAACAUCUGUGAGAAUGGGGAUGACUGGCCGCGGGCGCGGGGUACACCCUGCGGGUCGGGCGCUGAACGCGUGUUUUGAUAUGUUUUCGUUUCUAAGUUAUCUUUUAGGGUUUGUACGGGUUCCUUAUGAUUAUAAAAGGGCUCUUAGUGUUCAUUAUUAUUAACACAACUUAUGAAACACUUUUAGCCUCUAGAUUUAGGAUUCUUGUAUUAUUCUCUCUGAUUUUCUCCAUUAUAGUGAAGAAGCUUUAAUCCCCCACCUGUGGAUGUAGGUCAAAUUUGACUGAACCACGUAAAUCCUUGUGUUAUUCGUUUGUUCAUCUUUAUAGUUUUCUUACCUUCAUUAUUUCAUUGAUUUUCUGUUCCGCAUUAAUCAAACUACAACACCUAUUUCCUAACACUUUUCUCUACAUUUUCAUCUCACCAUAGAAUUAAUGUAUAAUAUGAUCUGUAUUCUGUGUUUAUGCCAAUUGCUAACUGAAAUAUCAGCUAUUGAACUCAUUGGUGGGUACCAGUUCCAAGCCUCUCGAAAUCUUGAUUAUCAUUUACACUUGUUCGUUUUCCUGUUAUUAAUCAAUCAAAGUUCAUCUUCGUCCCUUAA